AAUACCCUUUCAAUAGCAAGUUGUGUGUAUUAGACACACAAGAUGUGACUUUUGGCUGAAGAUCUGAGGACACAAACACACACUUAAACACAAGACGUUUCAGAGUACCUGAAAGGUUGCCUUGAACAAUGGUCCCAUUUCCAGCAUCUCUAAGAAAUUUCUUUACACCAGCUUCCUCUGCAGGGAUAGUGGUCAAGGAUUCCAGAGCUUCACUCAAGCCCAGAGCAGUUUCAAUGACGCCAAAAAGCAUAAGCCCUGGAGGAGAGCAGCUACCUCUGUGACUCGCAUCUCAGUGGACCAAGAACAGCUGGGCAGAGAACUGUCUGAAAAGCUCAGAAGGUGCUGAAGAAACCUUGAAAUGGAGAUGACUCCCUCAAACAAGGACCCAAAUGGACUAGACAACCCCAUAUUUAUAACUGAUGAUGGAGGGCAUUACUGCAACUUCCCUGAAGCUGGUGUCACGGUUCCAGAGUGCGAAGAAAGGCAGAAAGGCAAAGACUCCAGCCGUCUCGCUUACACCGUCACAGAUAUCCCCCCUUGGUACCUCUGCAUCUUCUUGGGAAUUCAGCACUACCUCACUGCUCUUGGAGGUCUUGUUGCUAUCCCUCUCAUCCUGUCCAAAUCUCUUUGCUUGGAGCACGAUACCCUGACACAGAGUCACCUGAUCAGCACCAUCUUCUUUGUCUCGGGAAUCUGCACCCUUCUUCAAGUCAUCUUUGGAGUCAGGCUACCUAUCCUGCAAGGAGGGACUUUUGCCUUCUUAACUCCAACGCUGGCUAUGCUCUCUCUCCCCCAAUGGAAGUGCCCAGAGUGGACCCAAAAUUCCAGCUCAUUGGAUACUUCUUCUCCAGACUUUGUUGAGACCUGGCAAAAACGAAUGCGAGAGUUGCAGGGAGCAAUCAUGGUAGCUUCCUGCUUCCAAAUCUUUAUUGGUUUUUCUGGUCUCAUUGGAUUUCUGUUGAGGUUCAUUGGCCCUUUGACAAUUGCCCCAACCAUUUCCUUGGUGGCGCUGCCUCUCUUUGUCUCUGCAGGAGAAGAGGCAGGACAACACUGGGGUAUAGCAGCCGUAACCAUGUUCCUCAUAGUUCUGUUCUCUCAGUACCUGAAAAAUGUCCCUGUUCCGGUGCCAUCUUACAGCACAAGCAAGAGAUGCCAUUUCUCCAAGAUCUACCUCUUCCAGAUUUUCCCUGUGCUGUUUGGCCUUACACUUACUUGGCUUCUCUGUUUUAUACUUACCAUCACCAAUGUCUUCCCUUCGGACCCACUUGCUUAUGGCUACAGAGCUCGGACUGACAGCAAAGGGGAUGUUCUUUCACAGGCACCCUGGUUUCGGUUUCCUUACCCAGGUCAAUGGGGAGUUCCAACCAUUAGCUUGGCCGGGAUUUUUGGCAUCAUAGCUGGAGUGAUCUCCUCCAUGGUGGAGUCGGUAGGAGAUUACUAUGCCUGUGCUCGUUUAUCUGGCGCGCCUCCUCCUCCCAAGCAUGCAAUCAACCGUGGAAUUGGAGUGGAGGGGAUUGGCUGCCUUCUGGCGGGAGCCUGGGGGACAGGAAAUGGCACCACUUCGUACAGUGAAAACGUGGGUGCUUUGGGGAUCACUCGGGUCGGGAGCAGAAUGGUCAUUGUGGCUGGGGGCUGCGUUAUGCUUUUGACUGGCAUGUUUGGCAAGGUUGGAGCUAUAUUUGCCAGCAUUCCAACUCCCAUCAUUGGAGGAAUGUUUUUUGUGAUGUUUGGCAUCAUCACGGCUGUGGGAGUUUCCAAUUUACAGUAUACAGAUAUGAACUCUUCAAGAAACCUUUUCAUUUUUGGAUUUUCUAUAUUUGCGGGUCUGACGGUUCCAUUCUGGGUGCAGAAAAAUUCAGAAUUGGUGGAAACAGGAAUUCAACAACUGGACCAAGUAAUCAAUGUGCUGCUCACCACAGGCAUGUUUGUUGGGGGAUUCCUGGGCUUCAUCCUCGAUAACACUAUUCCAGGGAGCUUGGAAGAGCGGGGACUCCUGGCAUGGAAAGAGGGUUAUAAGGAAGAAUCUGAUGAUACUGUGAACACAUCGGACGUCUAUGAUCUACCCUUCGGAAUAGGUUCUAAGUUCUGUGCUGCUGACUGGUUUCAGUACCUCCCAAUGUGCCCAAAGCGGCCAGCCAGAAACAAUGCAAAGGAGCGCAAUAAUUAUGCACAGGAGAACAAAAGCAAAUUUAAUUCAGAAAAGGACACAGAAAUAAACAUCGACACGAGAAUAUAAGACUGCAUCAGUAAACAAACUUGACUUGCUAAGCCAUUGAAGCAACAUCUUCCUUUUUUCUGGUUUCUUAUCAAUGAGAUUGUGGCUGUAGCAAGAGACUAAGUUCUGGCAAACGACUCCAUAAUUUGCCAUCAAUGCAAAUUGGCCAUGUGUGCCAAUUUCUCUGCUGCGAGAAUACAGUGCCAGUUUGAGGGACAGCCUGGCUAGGGAGCCCAGCAGCACCCAAGACAAGAAUUUGUUCUCCUUUCUACCGUGGGAAACUCUUUUCCUGAAAAUUGAAUCCGUGGUUCUUGAGUUUCUGAGUAACUAGACAAGCUAGUUCCAAGGAGAAAAGCUGCUGUCCUAGGCCUCCUUAAAUCCAGCCUCAGCUUUUGUCUCUGAUCAUGUGCAGUUGGCCAGACUGCUUAAUGUGUGUGUCACAAUACUUUGUUGCUCCCACACCUUUUCGUCUUCGGCUUUGUUGAGUCCAUAAGUAUGGGGAACCUGUGGGCCGUCAAAUGUUGUUGGACUCCAUUAGCCUUUGCUCAACAUGGCCAGUGGUCAUUAACAUCGGGAGUUGUAGCUCAACAACACCUGUGUUGUUUGCUACAACAGGCUCCUGAGUUAAACUGGGGCUUCCAAAGUCUAUAAAAUAGUUCUAAGCUGCUUUUAGGCUUUCAUGGAAGUCAGUGACUUCCAUGUGAGAAGCCACACAGAACAAGAUAUGCUUGAUCUUGAUUAUAUUCAUAAAAUGUUGUACUUUGUAUUUUAAAUCUAUCCUAAAGGAAGGAUUCAAUAAACUUUCCUCAGGGAUGGACUCUU